AUGAAGAUCCUCACCAAAGAAGAAGAAGAAGCCCAUUACAAUGCCACCUUAAAAGGUGGUAUUACGGGCGGCCUCAUCGGUAUAGCAGUCGGCGGAUCAGCAGUCUUCGCAGCACACAAACGCUUUCCCACCUUCCGCUCCCUCACCCUGCCCCUAAAAACCUUCCUCGUAACCUCCUCCGGUACCUUUGCCGCAAUAAUCCAAGCCGACCGCUCGUCUCGCAGCUAUGAAUUCGCCCGCGACCCGCAACGGCAAUACCGCGACGAAGCCUCUAUGGAACUCGACGCUAUUCGCGACAAGGAGACCUCGUUCCAGCGCUUCAAGGAAUGGGGUCGCGAGCACCGUUAUCCCAUCGUGACAGUGUCUUGGGUGGCGAGUAUGGCUAUUGCGCUGGGUAUCGUGGGCCGGAGUCCUUAUUUGACGGGCGCGCAGAAGUUGGUGCAGGCUAGGGUUUAUGCGCAGGGGCUUACGCUCGCGGUCUUGAUUGCGACGGCGGCGUUUGAGGUCGGCGAUGCGAAUAAGGGCAAGGGGAGAUGGGAGACGGUCAAGGUGCUGGAUCCUAAUGACCCAGAGCAUAAGCAUAUUAUCGAGAAGAGGAUCCAUCAUGAGGCUUAUCAAGGGGAGGACUUGUGGCGUGAUAUGGUAGCUACUGAAGAGCGCAAAAUGGCCGCACAAAAGAAGGCCAAGGAGGAACAAUUAAAGUCUCCAGGAACACAAACGCACCCCAACGAAGCAGCGACCAAAAGCAAAAUCGUCAGCGAAAGCAAGAGCGCAGGCAAAGUGGACUUCAAGGAAGCUGCAGAAAGAGAGAGGAAGAACCAAUAA